AUGGCUGCGACAACCAGCCCCGAGGCGCGAGAGUUGAGCUUAAUCUCCAAGGUCGAGCUCAGAAUCGCCUUGGCAGAUACAGAUGAGAAGCUGGAAUCUCUUCUCGGAACAUAUUUAGCACCUCUACUGCUAAAACUGGGCUCGGAGAGCCAUGCAGUCCGCAAUAAAGUUAUUUCCGUCUGCCAGCAUAUCAACACUAGAGUCAAAGCGCCCGCAAUCAAGCUCCCAGUUGCAGCGCUACUGAAACAGUUCAAGGAGCAAAAGGCGCAGCUAAUACGGCAUUUUGACCUUGUUUAUCUGCAGCAGGGGAUUGACCGUUUGGGCUCGGACGCUAGAGUCGAGAUUUUGGUUCCGCUGCUCCAGGGUAUCUCGGAGAUUGGAACGUCUGCGAACCAGGGCGCUGUUGUGUUUAAUCUUGUGCUGCGCUUGCUUCCCCUGUUGAAGCUCCCCCCGAAGGAUAGUCCUGAUGACGCCAACCUGAAAUCCCGACUGGGUCUCUCGGACCAGGAUACUGCGUUCUUGUCUCAUUGGUUCACCAAGUUAUUGCUUCUUGCACCUGCAGACAAGGAUGCGGCCGCAUGCGCGGGACUAUCACCGGCAGAGUACAGAUUCCUGAACAAGGACGUGCCUGUGACGGAGACGUGGAAUCCGGCUCGGGAGGGUGGUUUGAACCUGACCGAGACGAAAGUCCAAGCUCUCAAGUUCAUAUCCAGCGGAGCAUUCAAUGACCCGGAACGAUUACUCCCGGCGAUCAUCGCGUCCGCGGAUACUAACAGUCGCUUGUCCGAUUUAGGCGAAGAGCUGCUGAAGCGGUUUAUACCGGAUGUAGAGGAUCCGGAAGUCGUACAGCAGCUAUAUAGCUUGCAUUUUGGCGCAGGUACGCCAGAUGGGGCGCUUCCGGCCCGGCCGGCCCUGCAAACGAGGCUCCUUGUCUUCCUGGGGAAGUCAGUAACGGCAACGACGGACACUGAAAAGAUUAUUCGGUUAGUCGAAGAAGGGCUUCUCUCGGACUCGGCGCGAUCUUCGCAGGGCUUACAGGCUUCAAAGCUACGCACCCAAAUUUUCAACUUUACGACAUGGGUUGUCCGUAUGGGCUCACCGUCCGACCUCAAGCGAAUGGCGCCCAAGGUCAUCGCGGGGUUGAUGGAUUUCAUUCGGUCUCAAGGGUGGCCAAGCCCGGGGGCUAGCGGACAACGACUUCCUGCGACUGACCUCAGUCUGCGCGCUCUUGCCUACGAAAGUAUCGGGAUUAUUGUCCCCAAGGCCGAUAUCGAGUUCAACAACGGACAUGAGACAAUAUCCUACCUCGAACUAAUCAAAUGGCUUUUCACGUCACUCAGCUGCGAUGACUCCAGCUCUCAGAUCUUUGUCAGCAUCGAUCAGGCCCUAGGAAGUAUUCUGAACUCCUCAAUUGACGUGGGGGAUGAAGAAUCCCAAAGACAACUAAGUCAUUAUCUACUUUCUCAAAUGAGAACACACCCUGAAGACGAUGACCAAGAAACAGGGUGCAAAGUCGUCCGCGGACCACAGUAUGCGGCCGUCCGAUUUUCCAACCGGUUCCUACCAUACAGCAACGUCGUCGCGCGCUGGAUCGACCUUAUGGCCGUGGCAGGCGGCAGUGACAAGCGGCAAGAAAUCUCCGAAGAGGGCAAAAAGGGCCUUCAUCCCUACUGGUAUCGUCUACUCAACCCAAUCAAGGACAGGAAAUGGGAGGCUACAUCAUCGUCUUCUGAUGGUGAAUCCCGAAAUUCGUGGUUCAAUUUUCCGAGUUUCCUCGACGCUACAAACUUUCUCCUCUUUACUGUAGUCCAAGGAGGAACUACAUCGGGGAUUUUCUCCGGACGAUACAAGAAUUCAUUUGCGCCUGCCAUCUCGUUUCUUCGCAAUAUACUGGUCUGGAAAGCGCUGCAGUCAUCCGGAAUCAGUAUGGAGAUCGAACAGGACUGGGACUCUAAACUUGACAUGAUGCUCGCAACUGAUGAAACGGCGCGAAAGGCCCUUAAAGAAUAUAUGAAAUCGAACGUUCAGGGCUCCGUAUCCAUGUUUCUCGAAGGUGCGCUGAUAGGUCUCGUCGACGAGAGUCAGAACCAGGAAAGCCGUCGACUCUUCGGGCAGAACUUUGUCAGCGUCUGCUCGCUGGCGGCGAAUAAUAUUGUCGAAAAUGUCGUCUCCAGUACACUAUCGCUGAAAGUCUCCUUGUCUAGCAAUAACCAAGAUGCGCAGAAUAUGGCGGGGCGAGCAAUCGGUAUCCUAGCCUCGCACUCUGCUUUUCCGCAGGAGGAUCUGGUUGCACUUUUGACUGAAUUGUCAGCUACGCUGCAAUCGUGGGAAUCAGCUAUUGGAGAAAGAGUCCUUAAGGUCCGUGGCGCAAUUCUUGCUCUAGCAUAUAUCUUCAGUAGACUCGCAUUCCGGAAAGCAGGCGGCAAGAUUCCCGAGAACCGUGUCGACGAAUUCAUCCAGGUUGUCUUCAGCAUUAUUGAGAAAUCGCGGGACUCUCUUCUCCGGCAGUCUGCUCAGACAGCUCUUGGGCAAUUGAGCCUUUCUGGCGUCUUGUCUGCAACUACACCCUCCGAUGAUAAGUGGGAGGCUAUCAAGGAGAAGUUGGUGAAUGAUGCUAAGGCUGAAAGCAGUAUUGCCAUAGCAGCUAUAGGGCUCCUGGUUCUGACUUUUUCGGAGGGGGAUGCACAGUUCAAGGCCCUAUUAGAUAUCCUUUUCGAUUUGCAUGAGAUUCGCAGUCCAGAAGUUCAUUUUACAAUCGGCGAGGCAAUCAGCAAUGCGAUUGCUGGAUGGAAUUCGAAAUCACUGGUGCCCGAGUUCGAUGUCGACGACCAACUACCAGACGCUGCAAUCUCAAUGACUGUCUUUACGGAAAUAUGCGACAAGAUCAUCACCGACUGCAGAGCGUCGAAGCCAUCCCUGAGAAAAGCUUCUGCGAUAUGGCUACUGUGUUUGAUCAAGAACUGCGGCCACAUGACGGAGGUACAGGACCGAUUACGAAAGUGCCAGAUUACAUUUGCUAGCCUGCUAGGCGAUCGAGAUGAAAUGGUCCAAGAGACCGGUGCUCAAGGACUGAGCUUAGUCUACGAAAUGGGCGACCAGUCAUUGAAAGAUGAUUUGGUCCACGACUUGGUGAGCUCUUUUACAGCGACAAAUGUCAGCCUCGGAGGAGGUAAAAUCAAUGAUGACACCGAGCUCUUUGAACCAGGGGCUCUGCCGACCGGAAAAGGCUCGUCGGUCAACACAUACAAGGACAUCAUGAAUCUUGCCUCCGAAGCUGGCGAUCCAACACUGGUUUAUCGAUUCAUGUCUCUGGCUUCCAACAAUGCACUUUGGACGAGCCGUGCAGCGUUUAGCAAGAUCGGAAUCAGCAGCAUCUUCUCCGAUUCCAGUGUGAACGGAUAUCUUGCAAAGAACACCAAGAUCUAUCCUAAACUGUUCCGAUACCGCUUCGAUCCUAAUCCGAAUGUGCAGCGAUCGAUGAACACCAUUUGGCUUGCUUUGGUCAAGGACCCCAGCGCCGUUAUUACCGCUCACUUUGAUGAGAUUAUGUCAGAUCUGUUGAAGAGCCUACUGAGCGGUCGGGAAUGGCGCGUUCGACAGGCAAGUUGUGCCGCCAUAUCCGAUCUGAUCCAGGGCCGUCAGCCAGAUGUAUAUGCCAAAUACGUGGAUGAAAUAUUUACCAAGGCGUUCAAGCUGGUUGACGACAUUAAAGAGACUGUCCGGCUUUCUGCACUCAAACUUUGUCAGACAAUUACUGGUUCUGUGAUUCGUACCUUGGAGGCAAGUAAUUCCGACUCCAAAAGAGUAAAGGCAAUGCUCGAAAGUACAAUACCAUUCUUGCUCAGCGACAAGGGAAUGGAAUCUAGCGUCAAGGAAGUGCAAGCAUUCGCCCUUGAUGCCCUGAUCCAGAUGAUCAAGAAAGGCUCGGGAAGUUCAAUGAGGCCGUUUGUUCCCAGUAUUCUCGAGCAAUUCCUACACUGCCUCAGCUCGCUAGAGCCGCAAGCCGUCAACUACGUCCACCUCAAUGCGGACAAGUACGGGCUGACGGCGCAGGAGAUUGACAAAAUGAGGCUGUCGAGCAUCCGCACAUCUCCAAUGAUGGAAGUCAUCGAGCGAUAUCUAAUCGACAUGUUAGACGACGCCGGCAUGACAGAAUUUGCCGUGAAACUAGAAGGCGUUCUUCGGUCAGCCGUUGGCUUACCGUCCAAGGUCGGGUGCAGCCGUGUGCUAGUCCUGCUAAGCAUGCGCACAGUACUCUUCCAGCCCUAUGCAGAUCGGUUCAUCCAGCUCCUCGGGAAAUACGUGGUUGACAGAAACGAUACGGUCAGCGCGUCAUACUGCUCCUCGAUUGGCUACCUCAUGCGGCUAGCCUCAGAUGACAGGGUGCUGAAGACGAUCGAGCAUGCAAAAACUCUAUACCUGACAGCUGAAGAUGCCAAUCAGCGGGUCAUUUCUGCCGAGAUCCUUCACUCGUCUGCAAAAUUGUCCAAUGAUCGCUUCAUGGCAUUUGCUUCUACCGCCCUGCCGUUUGUCUUUGUUGCAAAACAUGAUCUGGACGAGCAUGUCCGCGAGGUAUUUGAGAAGACGUGGCAGGACAAUGUUGGGGGUAACAGGGCAGUAUCACUGUACAUCAAGGAGAUUACGGAUCUAGUCAGUGAAAACCUCAACUCAGCUCGCUGGGCGAUAAAGCACACGGCUGCGCUGGCAAUUGCAGACGCGAUCAAGUCACUGGACGCGGAAAUCGACCUCAGUACAAGUGAGUACCUUUGGCCCGUGCUAGACCGCGCAUUGGCUGGAAAGACUUGGGAGGGGAAAGAAAAAGUGCUCGAAGCAUUUGUUCGGUUUGCGAGCCAAGCGAAGAAAUUGUGGGAGGAGCGUCCCCAGCUGGGAGAGCUGAUGAAAACGAUUACGAUUCGAGAGGCGAAACGGAAUAAGCCUGCAUAUAAACCACAUGGCCUGACCGCUCUGGGUGGAGUCGCACAAGCACGCAAGGACCUCGAUCUGAUGCCUGAAGCAAUCAGCCUCGUCUCCAAAGUGCUGGAUGACCUCGGCGAUGCAGGAGAUCCCAUGGAUGUUGACUCGGGCAGUGGCCCGGGGACAAAACAAACUUUGGAAGACACGCUGGCGGCUUGUGUAAAAUGCCUUGUGCAGUGCUUCAGCCCGGUAGUCGUACAGGCUGUGCAAGCAGCCACGAAGGGGCAAAUAGAUCGCUCAGCCCUUGAAAACUAUCUGACAGCCCUGAAGCCAAAUAUCAAUAGAGCUGUAGGGCUUGGGGAGAGACAGGUGCAGAUUUCUUUGUACGAGGAGCUGCGCCUCCUCUUCACCCAACUAAGCACAUGGGCGUCAGAGGGAAAGAACGGCGAACUGAAUCGACUCGGCGAAAUGCACGGGCUCUUGGCGACGCUAGCAGGGGAAUUGCUCUCUUGCGAGAUUGACUUAUCGGUUGAGGCAAUUCGGAGGGGACGUGCAGAGGCAACUGCCUCGUUCGUUGGACUGUCGCAGACGGCGGGACGGGAGAUAGACACGGAGCUACGGAGGUCCAUCGCCGACUGGAGAAAGGGGGAGAGGUCUGGCCCUGUCAAGCAGAUCCUGGAUCAGGUGAUGGGCCAGUUGGCGCCCGCGUAG